AUGAGGUUUGUGGUGACGAAAGUUUGCAGCGGCGGGGGGAAGGCGCGGGCGGGUGCGCUCCAUAUAGGCGGUGGCGUCACUGGAAUUGAGACGCCGGCGCUGCUGCUGUCCACUCGUAAGGGGCUGCCAUCGUUCUUGUCCUGCGACCUCCUUGCCUCCUUGCCACUCCCGGACUCCCUCCUCCUCCAUGUCUGCCCUACCCACUUUAUAGAGGGCCCUCCAGCGAAAACAAUAUCAGCUAUUGGGGGUUUGCACGGUAUGCUGGGUCUACCUGAUCACAUUCUUGUAGCGGCGGCAAGUGAUUCUAUUGAGAGUCUUCCAUCAAGUGAUGCCGCCAACAAAUUUGGUGCCUCUUUUGAAACUCCUUCGGGCCGUAGACUGGUAAAACCAUCAGACUAUAUGGAGUUGAUUUCCUGCAUGAAGCCUAAUAUAUGGGCCAGUUUGGCUGACGAGGUACCAGCUUGGGUGAAUGAGAAACGAAACAAAGUCUCUGUUGACAGGACAUUGCGGUGGCUUGAUGCAUGUAUUGCUUUGGACGUGGCUUCUGGAACUAAUAGUUUUGGUGUAAUUGUGGGAGGAUCUAGCUUAGAACAACGAAAGCUAUGCGCCACUGAAGUGUCGAAGCGGAAUGUUUCAGGCUUUUGGAUUGCAGGAUUUGGCCUUGGAGAGAGUAUUGAAGAACGUUGCAGUUUGCUCAAUGCCGUAACAGAUUGCUUGCCACCAGAAAAACCUCGGCUCGUGUCUAGGCUUGGUCUUCCAGAGGAGGUCUUGGAGGGUGUAGCUGCUGGUAUCGACCUUUUUGACUCCACGUACAUUUACCAACUUACUAUGGGUGGUUUCGCACUGAUCUUCCCUGUUGACAUGGUUGAAAGAGAGAUGCAGAAUGGUAUACUCAACACUAGUGGUGGAGAUUCAACAAAGAUUAACCUGCAUGCUACAACAUAUCGGAAGGAUAUGUCACGGCUAGUUGAUAGCUGUAACUGCUUCACGUGCCAGAAUCACACCCGUGCUUACCUCAAUCAUUUGCUCAAUGUCCACGAGAUGUUGGCUCAGAUUCUACUGGAGAUACACAAUACCCAUCAUUAUCUUCGUUUCUUCCAUUCCAUACGGGAGGCGAUAAAGGUUGGAGAGUUCGAUCUUUUUCGGCAGGAGUUUGUUAAGAAGAGACACGCCCAUUUCACUGCUGUUGCGAUCUAG